CCGACCGGCAGGCGAUAACUGAAAAGUCAAACCACUUGGCUCGAAGAACAUUUCACGCUACCAACAAAUUCCAUAGAAGAAGAUUUGAUGAUAGAGUUUCGUUUCUUCUGACUGACCAAUCAAAAUUAUUAUAUAAAAAUAUCAGAAACUCUCUUCUCUAUCAACCGUCGGGCAUCAUCAAGUGGAAGGAUAUAACUUCGUUUCCGAGACACACACAGAAACAAAAACGCGUCUUCCUCUUCUGUUCGUCUUUUAAGGCUUCCCAUAGCCAUCUCUAUUCUCUACCUAUUCUGAUUAAUUCCUCUCAAUUAAGUUUCGAUCCACAUUAUUUCUUUUCUCGCUCCCUCUCGAUCUUCACUUUCCGAUGACUAUUGGAUCGUUUUUCUCUUCUUUCAAAUUCUGGGGCAAUUCUCAGAAUGAAUUGCAUUCCGUUAUUGCUGUCAUCCAAACCGGACAUGUCAAACCCUCAACUAGUAGAGCAGGAGGCCCAGAGAGGGAGGAUGCAAGAGAUAGAUCUUGGGGUUCACACUAUUAGGAGCCAUGGAGGACGAGUCGCCUCUAAACACAAGCACGACUGGGUCAUACUCGUCAUCUUGAUUGCCAUCGAGAUCGUCCUCAACCUCAUUUCUCCUUUCUACCGAUACGUCGGAAAGGACAUGAUGACUGACCUCAAGUACCCUUUCAAGGACAACACCGUCCCCGUCUGGUCUGUCCCGGUGUACGCGGUGCUGCUUCCCAUCCUUGUCUUCGCCUGCUUCUACCUCAAGAGGACAUGUGUGUACGAUCUGCACCACAGCAUUCUCGGCCUCCUCUUCUCCGUUUUGAUUACUGGUGUCAUCACCGACUCCAUCAAGCUCGCCACCGGACGCCCUCGUCCUAACUUCUACUGGCGCUGCUUCCCCGACGGCAAAGAGCUCUAUGAUGCCUUGGGAGGUGUCAUCUGCCACGGCAAACCAGGAGAGGUCAAGGAAGGCCACAAGAGCUUCCCCAGCGGACACACCUCCUGGUCCUUUGCGGGGCUCACUUUCCUCUCCCUCUACCUCUCUGGCAAGAUCAAGGCCUUCAACGGAGAAGGACACGUGGCUAAGCUCUGCCUCGUCAUCUUCCCUCUGCUCGCCGCUUGCCUUGUUGGGAUAUCUCGUGUGGAUGACUACUGGCACCACUGGCAAGACGUCUUCGCUGGAGCUCUCAUCGGAUUCCUUGUAGCGGCCUUCUGCUACCGUCAGUUCUACCCCAACCCUUACCACGAAGAAGGAUGGGGUCCCUACGCCUAUUUCAAGGCAGCUCAAGAACGUGAUGGAGUCCCUGUGACCUCCCAAAACAGAGAUGCCCUGAGGACAAUGUCUCUGCAGACUGAUUCAAUUUCUCUCGAAAACAUGGAAUCUGGCUCUUCCAUUACUCCUCCCAGAUGAUCCUUCUUUUUCAUUAUUUCAUUCAUUAUUUGUUUUCAUUUUGGCCAUCUGUGAGAUUGUGGAUGGUAUAGCUACGUAUGUAUGUGUAUUCAACCCUUACAUCUGUAAAUCUACUCUUCAUUCUUGGCUUCUUUUUUUUUUUCAAGCAGAGACCAAUUUAUAUUGAUAAAUGUUAACAUAUAGUUUGAGUUGGA